AUGCAUCCAGUAGUGAGAAGCCUUGAAGUUCUAUACAGUAUGAAAAAGGAAAUUUUUGAAAUAUUACAAGCCAUCGAGACAGAUUUUAACAUUAUUAUUUUAACACUGGCUUCACAUACAGUCGUUCAUUUUCCUCUUUCUAUUUUCUAUCUUGGACCACUAUGGUGUACGAGUACUUUUAUGCUCGAAGAUCUAGUUGGAUCCAUCACUAGCUCUGUUCAAGGAGGAAAGAAUAACAUGGACCACAAAGCACUGGAGAACUUUUCAUUACAUCAAGUCAUUUCCAUGAAACGAGUAAGAACUUUUCAUUUUCAAUUUGAAAAGGGUGAUUAUUUUCAUGCUCAAGAAUUUGGUCAUGGUCUCGUGACCAGUAAAAAGGAUGACUUGUAUCACGUUAAAAGUUUAGACUCGAAUCAAGUCAAAAUAUUGGACAAAAUGCCAAAAAACGCCAUACCAUGUUUCCAAGUUUGUGGUAAAUUUAAACAAGUUCAUAGGAAUGACUUGUUCUUGAUUUAA